UCAGUGCCAGAUUUCAAAUGGUUAACAAGAAAACAGACUAAGACAGCCAUCGUAAAUAAAAUAAAAAGAACAAAAAUAAUUGAACAAAAGAACAUUUUUUUGUUUGGCAUUUUUUGCAUUUAGUUCAUUCAAAAGGACAUUGUAAUGCAUACAUAAAAUAAAAAGACUGUAAUUUUAUUGAAUAUUUGAUGAAAAUUCUUGAAAAUCUUUCAUCUGUAUGGAAUAUGGGAAAAUGUAAUGAUCACGUAAAACAUUACGUGUUGACUGAAAAUGAGUGCUACGUUUUAUGUGAAUUAACCAACGAUAAAAACAUCCGGUAUUGUGCAGCUAUACGAUUUCAAUAUGUCUGAGCAACUACAUAAGGGUGAAUAGUGACAAAAGGAUAAGAGUCUGUAAGGUGAUUCAUGUGAACGAGAAAUUAACAAAAGAAGUAGUGGGUGCGUGAUUAAAAAAAAUUAGUGCCACAUACACGUGCGUUAAAAAUGGAUCACGCAGUGAAAACAUCUAAAAUAAAACCAUGGGACAAACUGAGAUUCGAAAACGAAGAGCUCGAAACUCUUUAUCAACGCUAUACAUUGAAAAUGCAGCGAUUUUCUGUUAUUGGCGUUGUGUCGUUAUUCGUUAUUUUUUGCAUGACAAUGAUGACAUUGAGCUAUGUGUUCAGUAGCCUAUUAACAUUACAUAAUAUUUUCAUUUCGUUGAUGUGCUUUCUGUUUCUCAUAAUAUUGGCAUUGCUACAGUUUCGUGUUAUUCAAGAUUCGUAUCUCUUAUCAUUAUCCUAUGGCAUUUUAUUGGUGGCUACAAUCCUAUGUAUAAUGUCAAUGCCGGCAUUAAAUAAAAUUAUACCAAUCGAUACAAAAGAGGAUCUAACGGAAGGUGUAUGGCAAGUGACUUUUGUAGUAUUUGUUACAUAUGUUCUAAUGCCAUUACAAAUCUGGGAGGCCAUAGUGUUUGGUGUUUCUUUGGCCAUCAUUCACAUCGGCUUAUCAAUAUUUCAAAUGUUAACCGAAACACAGCACUACUACGAUUACAGUCCAUUGGUGGCAAAUUCGAUAACAUUUCUAGGUGUUAACAUAUGCGGUUUAAUGGUGAAUGUAAUGAUGGAACGUGCACAGAGACGUGCAUUUCUCGAUACGCGAAAUUUUGUGGCUGCUCGUCUUGAAAUGGAGGAUGAAAAUGAAAAAUUGGAGCGACUGUUAUUGAGCGUACUUCCGAGACACAUAGCAAUCGAAAUGAAAAAUGAUAUUUUAUCACCAGUUAAAACACAAUUUCACAAAAUCUAUAUUCAAAAACACGAUAAUGUAAGUAUCUUAUUUGCCGAUAUAGUGGGAUUUACCGUACUUGCAUCACAAUGCAGCGCACAAGAGCUGGUGCGUUUGCUAAAUGAACUAUUUGGUCGCUUUGAUCAACUCUCAAACGAUCACCACUGCUUAAGAAUUAAAAUACUUGGCGAUUGUUAUUUUGUUGUAUCGGGAUUACCAGAAGGAAGAAUUGAUCAUGCUAAAAAUUGUGUCGAACUUGGUUUAGAUAUCAUUGAUGCCAUUGCAGAAUUUGUUGAUUCCACUGAUGUGAAGCUAUCGAUGCGUGUUGGGAUUCAUUCGGGUCGAGUAUUAUGCGGUGUACUUGGUCUUCGAAAAUGGCAAUUUGAGGUGUGGUCUAACGACGUAACAAUCGCUAAUCACACCGAAUCUGGUGGAGAGCCCGGACGCGUGCAUGUGACAAGGGCUACUCUUGAUUGUCUUGGAGGCGAAUAUGAAGUCGAAGCUGGUUUUGGAUCAACAAGAGAUUCAUACUUACGUGAGCAUGCGAUUGAUACAUUUUUCAUAAUACCACCGAACCAUCGACGAAAGCCAUUACUUAUGAAUACGUUGGGAGUAAGAUCAGCAAUUGGUUCCGCAAAUCGUCGUAAACUGUCGUUUAGAAAUGUCUCAAAUGUAGUAGUACAACUAUUACAUACUAUUAAAUACUCCGUUCCUGUUCCGUUUUCUCAUUUAACCGCACCGAAUUCAAAUUACAUGAGCCCCAGUCAAAAUUCAUCAGUUGUCGGACUAAAUGAAUCAAACAGAAAAUGUGCAGCGGAUAGAUUUAAACGGCCAUUCAAAAAGCGUCAUUCCAGUUUACAUCAUCAGCCCACAAAUCGUGUGAACAAAUUUUUAUCACAAGCAAUUGAAGCGCGUAGCGUUGAUCAUGACAAAGCGGUUCAUGUUAAUCGUUUUACAUUGCAAUUUCGUGAUCGAGAUGUGGAACGAAAUUAUCACAAAGAUAUUGAUUUGGGAUUUUCUGGAGAAUUAGUUUGUAGUUUGUUAUUGUUAAUGCUAAGUACAGCAUUACAAGUGGCCGUUUUUCCAAGAACAUUCAUUUUAUUGUUGCUAUUUUUGACUGCUUUUAUUUGGAUUGCAUCUAUACUGAUGUUGAUGCUUGCAGCACGAUUAAAAUGGAUUUUAUGGGAUCUAUCACAUAGUUUUACAUUACGUUCAGCAAUUAUUGUGUUCACCAUCAUCCUUCUGUAUUCUGUUGGUCAAGUGAAUGUGUUUACGUGUCUUACGAAUUUGCCCUGUAAAAAUGACACAUUGGCGGUUACACUCAAUAAUGGAGGUACCUUUCCACUAACGGGCUACACUUACAGUCACCGUCGAUGCCACCUUCCACAAUACACACAAUUGGCAGCCGCUUUUGCAUUUCUUUCCGCAUCUGUUUUCUUAAGGCUACCAUUUUUAAUUAAAACCGCUUUGGUGUUUCUGAUGGGUGUUGUGUAUAGUCUAUACAUACAGCUAUCACACAUUGAAAUUUUUACGUGCUAUGACGAGCGUGUGAAUUCGUCGAUUCCACAACACACAAUAACACUUUUACGUAUUGUUUUGUUCAUGAUAGCAGUAUUGACACACGGUCGGCAAGUGGAGUGGACGGCACGUUUAGAUUUUCUAUGGCAGUUACAAGCAUCCCAUGAAAAACGAGAAAUGGCUGUAUUGCAAGAAUCAAAUCGUCGUAUUCUAUUCAAUUUACUUCCGGCGCAUGUAGCCAAACAUUUUCUCGAUAAUCAAUUUCGGGGCACGAAUAAUGUUGUUACCGGUGCAUCUGGUGCGAGUAAUACAAUUGGACAAGAUUUGUAUUAUCAGAGCUAUUCAAAAGUCGGCGUGAUGUUUUGCAGUAUACCAAAUUUCCACGAAUUUUACACGGAACUAGAUGGAAAUCAAUUGGGUGUUGAAUGUCUACGACUGUUAAAUGAAAUCAUAGCCGAUUUUGAUAAUCUUCUUGCACAGGAGCGCUUUAUGGCUAUUGAUAAAAUUAAAACCGUUGGUAGUACCUAUAUGGCCGCAAUCGGCCUUAUACCAGAUUACAAAAUGAGCAAUAAUGAUGUUCAUUUAAUUCGAAGACACAUGACAACAUUAUUAGAAUUUGCCCGAGCAAUGCGCGCUUCUAUUGAGAAUAUCAACGAAAACUCUUAUAAUAAUUUUGUAACGCGAAUCGGCAUUAAUAUUGGUCCAGUUGUGGCAGGAGUUAUAGGUGCAUCAAAGCCGCAAUUCGAUAUUUUUGGAAAUACAGUGAAUGUUGCUAGCAGAAUGGAUACCACAUGUAUACCUGGAGAAAUACAAUGUACGCAAGAAGUUGUAGAUAGUUUGCAGGGAUCACAUUUCGAAUUUAGAUGUAGAGGACAAAUAAAAGUUAAAGGCAAGGGUGACAUGAUCACAUUUCUAUUGCUCGAUCAAUCGAGUUCAAAUCAAUACAAUGCAUGCAGAGAAUAUCAAGAAUCUUCUGUGAUUUCACAUACACAAGCUAUGAAAUCUUCGAAUGCCUGCCCAUCUACAUCCAAACACACGUCAUCAAACAUUAGAUUGUCACAACAUUGUAAACCACAUUCAAGCGGAUAUCGACCAAAUGUUAUAAUGAAUGCUGAAAAUCAAAAGAAGAGCUAUAACUACAUGGCCAGUCCGAAUUAUUUACAAUAUGAAAACACUUAUCAGAAAUAUAAGAACAUUUGCCAUAACAAAGACGUGACUAAUUUUCGAGAAGACACAGAAUAUACUCCAAACGAACGGUACACAAAUAUUGAAUUUAAAGCUGAAAACAUUAUGCAGUCGUCUGACGAUGAAGGUGGUUUCGGGCAAAAUGUUCACUACACAAAAAAUCAAUUUAAUCAUCUGAACGGAUGCAAUGUCGUUAAUGGAAAUAUGGCCUACAACUUAAAGGAAAUAGAACCAUUACUGUAUGGAGGACACAUACGUGACCCCAGACAAAAGUAUGAACCCCCACACUAUGCUAAUCCUGGAGCGAUGGCAUCAAUGCAAAAUUCGCAGAAAUCUAUUGAGAAUCAAAAGAUAAAUCAUUGUCACAACAAUAGAUUUAACCAACAUGGAAAUUCGCCGUACCGAAAAGUACCGCCUCCCAUACCAUCAAUGCAACAAUACACAAAACCAUUACCCAAGCUACCAACGCAUAUAGACGAAGGGCCAGAAUCAUCGACUGAAGACAUAAGCAGGCCAUACUCUCCAAGUCUGAGCUCAUCAAAUGAAGACAUUUUGAAACCAACGGCCAGAAUCGGAGAUCGUGGCGAUUUUGAUUUAACGGAAAACAGAGUAAAUACUCAAAACGAUUGGCUUUUAAGAUCCGCGCUCCAAAAUUCAGAGUCAAAUUAUCCACAAUAUCCAGCUAAACUUCCAACAAAUAUGGGUUCCAAGCUUAAUUCCAUCGAUUUGGCAUAUUUGAAAGAACUUGAUUUGAGCUCAACAACUGAAAGUCCAUCAACAUUAGCAGCAACCAACAAGGAAGUUGAGUCUAGUACAAGCUUCGAAUAUCAAGACAACAAUUUAAUACGGUCACCCUUCCAACGGGAAAUUCAACGUCUUCUCGAUUCGUCGGCAUCAAAAGUUACAGUUACUGGAGCAAAUAAAUCCGUGAUGCCUACAAUCGAUGCACACGAUACGAAUGGUGGUUGUUCAUCACAAUCAAAUAUUGAACACGAUACGGUUCAAUCAAUAUUGGGUGGAACAAGCCUAACAAUAUCUACCGUAAAUGGAAAACAUCCAGUAGGACUUGAGGCUAUCAAAGAGAUUGCAAGAAACACAGCUAAUACGGACUCGAAUCAAAUGCAUAUUUCUGAUAUGGAACUAAGUGAAAUUACAAAGGAAGAGAUGGAUAUAAUAAAUGAUCGAAAACGAACAUACUCAAUUAAUGGCAGUCACCGAAUGUUUGAGUUACGAAAUUUUAGCGUAGAAGAAAACGAUGAUGGUGAUAACGAAGGAAUGGAUAAGUCUGAUAUAGUGAAUUCCAAAACAAUUAACGAUAUUUUGAAAUAUGGUGCACAUCAAUCGGUCGACUCAAACCCCAUCGAAACACAGUCUGAAUGGAGUGACGAAGACGAAAGAGAUGAUGACGAAGCAAAAGGUGGCGCUGAAAGUACUGGCUAUAUAACUGAUGAGGCCGGUCUAGAGAAUCUUUCGUUAUUGAAUGCGGGUUGCUUAACAGACGCUGAAGCAGCAUUAUCAGACGUUAAUUCGUGCAAUGCACACGACGACGUAGAUGAUACGUCAAUUUCGAGUCGAGCUAGUUCUCGUUUACUUAGUUUAGACUCGUUGAGUGGCUUUUAUGAUAACGAUCAAGACGCAUCAAAUAAAACACAUGAAAAGGCAAUUAUGAAUGUUUCGUCAAAAAUAACAAACAAGUUCGGUUCACAAGCCCUCUAGAGAAACACAGGUCGUUCAUUUCAAUUUAUAUGACUAUGACUAAUGACUACGAUUAAAAAUUAGAAUAUGAUACUUAUUAAUAUUUGAAGCGUAAAAUAAAUUGUUAUGAUUUGUAUUCUUUGCAAAAACUAUAUACGUUGCUUAACACAAAAUGUGAUUUAGUUAGAUAUGUUGCUUUGUGAAAAAAUUGAACUUUGCGAUUCAUUUCACUUUCGUAAACUAAUACCAUAAUGAUGAAUGAACAUCGCCGGAAAUCAUCACAAAUACAUUUUAAUUUUCUAGAACGGAUGCUCCAAAUGAUCUCAAUGAUAAUGCAAAAAAAAAUAUGAACAGAUCGGCAACUUAUUUUUUAUUCUCAACUCAAUCUAAUUUCUAUCUUCCACGACCAAUGGUUAUAAAUUGCUUAUAUUUGAAAAAUUUUGAUAUGUGAUUAAAUUAAUACUAAUUUUGUGUAAGGAUUGUUUAUCAAAACGCACUUUGCAUUUAGCAAAAAGCACAUCGCUUCAAAUAGUCGAGAGAAAAUUACAUCAUGGAACUACUUUGUUUUUCUAAAGUUUAGAAAUGUUUUUUUUUUUAAGCUGAGAUUGUACUUUGCAUGUUCACACAUUUAUUAUUAAAUAACUUAUUAUUUCGAUUUUUUUUUAAUUUUGGAAUAACAUUAUGUAAUAAUUAAGUUGUAAAAUAGAUUAUAUAUGACUUGGAAUUUUCCAAAACAUAACUGUAAAGCGUAACUGAAACCCAGAAUAUCAAUAACAGUGAUCUCUGUGAAUGGUAUAAAUCAAAUAAAACCGAUAUACCAACUUAAUUUGAAUCUA